AUGGCUAAAGCCCAGCUGUUUGUAUCGAAGGACGAGUUCACCUGCUCAUUCUGUCUGGACACCCUGACUGACCCCGUCACCAUCCUCUGUGGUCACAGUUUCUGUCUGAAGUGCCUAACAGACUACUGGGAUCAGAGCCAAGUGUACAGAUGUCCUAAGUGCAGACACACCUUCACCACAAGGCCUGAGCUGAACAGAAACACUCUGCUGUAUGAAGUCAUCAAGAAAUUAAAGAAGACGGCACUCAGUCCUCCUCCAUCCCAGAAUUAUGCUGGCCCUGGAGACGUGGAGUGUGACUUCUGUACUGGGAAGAAGUUCAGAGUGGUGAAGUCUUGUAUAACGUGCCCGGCCUCCUACUGUCAGACUCACCUACAGCUUCACUUUGAAGGAGUGGCCUGGAAGGGACACAAGCUGGUUGAUUCUGAUAGAAAUCUAAAGGAGAAACUCUGUGUGAAACAUCAGAAAUGUCUGGAAAUAUUUUGUAAAACUGAUGAGACCUGUAUCUGCGUGAUGUGUGUGGUGACUGGACAUAAAAAUCAUGAAAUAGUUGAGCUGGAGAAAGAAAGAGAAGAAAAAGAGAAACAGCUGGGGGCGACACUGAGUGACAUCAAGAGGAGACUUGAGGAGAGAGAGAAGACACUGAAGCAGACGAGGAGGGCGAUGGAGGAGAUGAAGAUAUCUGUGGAAAGAGAGAUGAGAGAAAACAAGAAGAGCUUCACUGCUCUGAUGCGGUGCAUUGAGGAAGCCUACAGGAAACUGACUGAGAGGAUCAGAGAACAAGAACCCCUCACAGUGGACAUCAACACGGCACACAGAUACCUCCAUCUGUCUGAAGGGAACAAGAAGGUGACACGUAAGUGGACAGAAGCCAAAUAUCCUGAUCACCCUGACAGAUUUGACUACUGGCCUCAAGUUCUGUGCAGAGAGGCUCUGACUGGGACUCGCUGUUACUGGGAGGUGGAGUGCACUGGAGUUGAACUGGUGAUUGGAGUCGCAUAUAAAGGACUGAGCAGGAAAGGAAAGAGCAAGGAGUGCAGCCUUGGAAACAACUACAAGUCCUGGAGUUUGCUGUGGUCUCUUUCCCAGUAUUUUGUGUGUCACUAUAACAAGCGGACUGAAAUCAGCGCCCCCUACAGCCCCAGAAUAGGUGUGUAUCUGGACUGGCCUGCUGGCUCUCUGUCAUUUUAUAGCGUCUCACACACAAUGACCCUCCUGCACAGGUUCAACACCUCCUUCACUGAGCCCCUCUAUCCAGGGUUUUAUCUUGGUCUUCACUGCAGUGUAACAAUCAGCCAUCUGACAGCAUGAGACCACUGACCAGUACCCUCCACCAGUCACAUGAUAUCUUCACAAGCGCAGGUGUCUUUGUGUUUGUAGUUUGGGAUUAAAAUUGAUUUUACGGGUUGGGUGGGGGGCAGCACCUCUGUGAGUGAAUCUGGUGAUGAGAAUGCUGGGCAAGUGCGACUGUCAGGGUCUCCAUUAUUAUUUGGUUUGAGUAGCCAAUCAGGUGUGUGUGUCAUAAUGAGGGUUGGUGACACCCCAGACCUACAAAUACCAGACUGACCAGUAGGGGUCACUGUUGAUUCACAGCCUCAUGUCCUUCAGGCGGACACCCCAAAUGCUGUGGCUUCACCCGUUAAGUCAGUCUAUAUAGCGCCUUUCAGUAGUGCUGCUCCAGCAGGACCACAUGCCUGUCUCAAGAGCCUCAUUCGAGUGACAGAAGUGACUGGAGUGCUGGCCUCUGAACAGACAUUGUCUGUCCCUCUAUUAGUUACUCAGGUGGUCUGUCACCUCUGAAUGAAUUCCCUCUGAAUGUCUAAAGACGAGGACUCACCGCUCAGUCACAUGUCGGCCAUACUGAUGGAGUUUGGUGUUUUACUAAGUCACUUGGUGUCACGUUAGACAUUAAACUGCACCUCCUCCUUCUUCUUUACACUGUCACCCAACCUAAAGGGGACUUCACCUGACUGACUUCACCUUCACUGUCGGUGUUCAAAGUGACAAUCAGAUGUGACACUUGGGGACACUUUUAUCUUUCCACUUCCCAGGAUUAAUUUACAAUUUCCUCAGGACCCCUCAAGGAGCAGCGUGUCACCUGACAUCAUUACUUUGAAGGGCAAUUCGGUUGUGUAAGAAUUAACGUGUAAAAGAAUAUUUAACUUAAAUAUGUUAAUUAUGAUUAAUUGUUACAUUCACAGAGAUAAAUGGCCUGUUAAUAUUUCACAGUUUGUAAAAUUUAAAUUUCUUAUUAGUUUAAAAAGACCAAAAAUUAAAUAAAUAAACAUAAGGACA